AUGGAGUCAAUUGAAAGAACCAUCGUUCCUAUCAGCCCUACUCGCAACCGAGAGUUUUACCUACCAAUUAUCCUUGAAAAUGCCCUCAUCAAAGCUUGUCGAAAGAGUCAAGCCGGCUUCGAGCGAGAGGCAAACAAUGAAAAUGACUCGCUCCUUACCCAAGAACAGGCUUUCCAUUCUUUCCGGGGUGGAAACACCAUCACAGCGUUCACUGUCGUGAAGGGCGACUGUGGUCCCGCAUAUAUCUUUGCGUCAAAUCUGCGAACUGACAAGCAGCUUGAGGAGACCAAAGAGUUUGUUCAAAGUCUUCUCGAAUACGUGAGGUUCAAUCCCGAAAAUCUUAACCGCAAGCCCUUUCUAAAGAAGGUUCUUUGGCGCAUCCUAUACUGGAACUUACCCAGGGUAGAUGCCUACUUGGGUAACCUUGUCAGGGCGCUUUCUGGCUGCAUUGAUGACUGCUUAAGAAGACAAGGCAGCCGUGCUUCUUCUUUGGUCCGACAGUUGGAGGAGUUUCAAAGAAAAGCCGAGUUUCCGAGAGAUGUCGAGUCAUCCGAUAACGCUUUGCCCAAGUUUAUGAGCGACUGCGAGAGCCUUAUUAAAGCCAUUCAUGCGAAUGCGAACACAGAACUUGAUGAAGCUAUUCGGAGCAGGGCCAGGGAUGGGGAAAUGUCCAAUUCGGAGCCCUGGUGCGACUUACGACACUAUUUUGGUCGCCUACACUCUUAUCGCCAGGCAGCUGAGAUUAUCAUCAGUGCCUUCAAAAGAUGGCCUCUGCUUUUUGAAGGCUUCGAAAUCAUUCCAGUACCGUCUAGUGUUCCGUUGCAGAAGCCUGUCGCCAAGUCCAUGGAGACUACGGCCGCAGACGUCAUCGGCCAAAUCAUGCCUGAACAAGACCUGACGCCAUAUAAGCCUUAUAUCGAGGAUCUACAAAACUUCGACCUGGAUCAAAAUAUCAGGGCGCAGCUCGCCAACCGCCGCUUUAGGCCGAUCGUUCACUGCGAGGUCCUUGUCCAUGACUACUUACUCACGCAUGGUUUCACAUCACCGAGCAGCUUUUGGAAUGAUUGGAAGUAUAUUGGCAGCAGCAAACGUACAUGCCGUCUCUGUCAAUACUACUUCAACUCCCACAUGGACAAGGUGGAGGUGAGGCCGUCGCACCAAAAUUUGUACCCCAAGUGGCGACUCCCAGAUAUCUACGAGCACCAGGGACCUGAAGCUGUUGCGCAACGCGACAGGAUCAUGACUGAGAUCAUUGGAAAUAUCCGUCGGGAUGCGCUGAUAACACUGCAAGGGAAACUACCCCGAGGGAAAAGACAUGAUUCCAAUACGCAGUCGGGGAUGCCUAAGUUAUUUGAAGGUCUCUUGAGCGAGUCCAUGACCACAAGCGACAUGGCUUCUCGCCUUUCAGGAAUGGUUUUGAGCGCAGGCGUUCCUACGAGAACAACUUCUGUUAAGGAAGAAGAUGAUAACUGGAGCGUUAAGGGGAGUCUGAGCGGCCUAGCUGAGCAAGACGAGGAGGGUGAUGGAGGCAUUGCGGUUGCUUGAUCGGUCAAGAAAGGUAGAAGUCAGGCAUGGGGUGGAACGGUGUAUUUUUUUUAGUUUUUAUCGUCUCGUUUGUUUAGUUAAUAGGUUUUUUUUUGGCUUUUUGGCUUUUUGGCUUUUUGUUUUUUUUUUUAAAAAAAAAAAAGAAAGAAAGAAAGAAAGAAAAAAUAAUGGCCGUCAUCUUAAGCAUGUGGUGGAGCAGACAACCAGAAGCUAAGUUAGCUGUCGUAGUGUUUAAAUAUACGACAUACCUAACGACCAAGCACUGUCUCAUACCACCCAUUCCAAGGCGAAGCCUUGCCCCUUCCACCUGAGUUUGAUCACAGGCCUACAGUACCAUCCAGUACCCCUCUGCCGAUAAGACCCCUCUACUGAUAAGCAAAAAAAAAGUUUCCCC